AUGAUAGUGUUCAAGAGCGAAGGACCGAAUUCAGUAGCUUCUACUUCUGAAUCUGGAUCGGCAGUAGCAGGAGCUGAAAUUGGAUGAUACAGAUCUUGAACUUCAGAAUACAUACUUUAUAGCAUUUCUUUUAGAGAUGAUCCCGAACUAGCAUCUCUGGAUAGUCAAUAUCUUUCUGUUAAUUCUCUGUCUACAUGUGGAGAUGGAAACAUCCAAAGUUCUCAUAUGGAAGAAUGCGACUAUGGAGAUAGAGUUGAUGGGGAUGGAUGUAGUGAAAGCUGCUUGAAUGAAGGGAGCACUUCAUGAGUUUCUAAUGCUAUGAUAUCUUGAACAUCAUUAGAUCCUGCUGUAGCUUGAGGAAAUGGAAGGCAAGAUAACGAUGAAGAUUGAGAUGAUGAAAAUAGUAUCUCUGGAGAUGGUUGUACCUCUUGAGUAGUUGAUUCUGGAUGGAUUUGUACAAGCCCUCAGUCAUCUCCAAGUGUCUGAAUUGAACAAAUAACUCAAAAUUGUGGAGUUGAAUUUUGCAGCCAGUGACAACAAAAUAUUUCAGAUAAAUGUUCUGAAUGUCAAUCUGGAUACAAACUUAAUAGAAGCAGCCAAUGUGUAACUGAAGACACAAUUGUAAUUUCAUCUUAUGCUGAAUCAACUGCAAACUCUUCAAAAUAUGUAUCAAGCUCAGCAGGAGUGAUAGCUCUGUUGGUUUCAAUGUUACAAGGAAGUGCUCCAAUGGUUUUGUGGUCAAUUAUUAACCAAGUACAAAUCACCCAGUUAUUAGUAUUAAAGGAAUUAUAUAUUCCUGACGAUGCGAAAGCAAUGUUAUCUGGGGAAGGUGGGAUCCCAAUAAAUCCAUCAAUGAGGCUUGUAGAUGAUUUUCCUUACGUAACUAAGUUUAAAAACUGGAUAGAUAUAAACCAAACCAAUUCUGAUCUCAAAAUAAUCGGAGUUGAGUCUGGAAGCAGUUUAAAGAAUUGCUUGAACCUCAUAGUUGUUCUAGUACUUUUAGCCUGAUUUACCGGUAUCUUAUGGAUUCUACCAAGUUGCAAGCCCAAACAGGAGAAUCAAAAAUGCAGAAGUUUGUAUUGGAAAGGAAGAAAGAAGCUGUUGAAUUUGUUAGUAUUUACAGUUUACAUCAGAAUAAUUUAUGAAUGAUUCCAGUUUGCACUCCUCUCAAGUUUUUCCGGUAUCCAAACUUAUCACUCAAACUAUCAGCCUAAAUAUUUGGUUUCUCUUGUUUCUUCAGUGAUCUUCCUUAUAUUGUGUGUUGGAUUCUUGUGUUGAGCUUUAUACUCUUUUUGAGUCUCAGUCUCAUCUGAAUCUGGAGACUCUUACAAAUCAAGAGAGUUUGCCAACGGUCUUAAACACAAUAAAGCAGCCAAGCUGUACUCUGUUCUUGGUCUUUCAAGAAGGCUGAUGUUUUGAUGCUGGCUUAUGAUCUGAAAUUCUUUGCCAUCAAUUGUAAAUGCAUUAGGAGUUUUGGUGAUACAAACUCCAUAUCUAGGUUACAUUUUGUUUGUGCGUCCAUUAGAUAAAGUACCAAACAAAAUCAUUGAAUGAAUAAACGAACUUAUAUUUUUUGGAAUUUCACUAUUCUUGUGAUGCUAUAGUUCAGAAACCUCAUGGAGCAAAGUAGUUUCAAAUAUAUUUAUUAACGUGAUCCUGGCGAACAACAUAAUAAUCACAUUAAUAAUCUCAACCACUUUCACCUUAACCCUUCUAUCCCUAAUAAAAGGCUGAUUUCGCUCAAAAUCCCGCACAAGACCUAAACCCUCUCAAAGAAAGCCCCAAAUGUUGAAUCUCCAGAGGGCUGAACCCCAACCCACUCAGAAAAGAGGCAAGAUCUCUGCUGUGUCGGCUGCCCCGAUGAAUAGGAAAUUGGAGAUUAUCAAGAAGAGAAUUCAAGAACAGCCUGUAUUUUUAUGGAGAAAGCGUUCUUCAGAUGAGGAAUAAGUAGUGGUUGCUGAAUAAAGUUGGAUUAAAAAAGAUGUCUAUUGGGGAGGAG